CCGCUGUGCCUGCUGGCGCUGCGCCUCGACGCCCGACUCGACGCGGUGCGACGCCUGCUCACCGACGCCCCCCUCGUCGACGGCCACAACGACUUGCCCUGGAACAUCCGCAAGUUCCUGAAGAACCAGCUGCGGGAUUUCCCCUUCUCAGAGGACCUCCGCAACGUGUCGCCCUGGUCGCGCAGCUCCUGGUCCCACACCGACCUGCCGAGACUCAGGCAGGGCAUGGUGGCAGCCCAGUUCUGGUCGGCGUACGUGCCGUGCUCGGCGCAGCACUUGGACGCGGUGACGCUCGCGCUGGAACAGGUCGACGUCAUCCGCCGCCUCGUCGAGAGGUACCCCCGGGAGUUGGCGCUCGUCACUACCGCUCAAGGUAUCGAAGACGCGCACGCCGCCGGCGUGCUGGCGAGCCUCGUGGGCGUCGAGGGUGGCCACGCGCUGGGGGCGAGCCUGGGCGUGCUGCGGGCCCUCUACCUGCUCGGGGCGCGCUAUCUCACGCUGACGCACGCCUGCAACACGCCUUGGGCAGACUGCUCAACAGUGGACGAGCCGGGAAGGAUACCAAUUCUAGGAGGCCUCUCCAACUUUGGGAGGCUGGUGGUGCGGGAGAUGAACCGGCUGGGCAUGAUGGUGGAUCUGUCCCACGUGUCGGUGCCCACCAUGCUCGACGCCCUCAGGACGAGCCGGGCGCCGGUCAUCUUUUCACACUCCGCCGCGCAUGCGCUGUGCAACAGCUCCAGAAACGUGCCCGACCACGCGCUGCGCCUCCUGAAAGCGAACGGUGGUAUCGUGAUGGUGGCCUUCUACCCUCACUUCGUGAGCUGCAGCGAGACGGCAUCGCUGCAUGACGUAGCAGCUCACAUCGUGCAUAUACGAGAGGUAGCUGGAGUGGACCACGUCGGCCUCGGAGCUGGUUUCGACGGAAUUAACAUCACGCCACAGGGCCUGGAGGACGUGUCGCGGUACCCGCACCUGCUGGCGGAGCUGAUGGCGAGGGGCGGCUGGACCGAGGCCGACCUCCAGAAGCUGGCCGGCAAGAACCUCAUCAGGGUCUUCCGGGAGGUGGAGCGCGUGCGGGACGAGCUGGCAGCAGCAGGCGAGCAGCCAAUCGACGACCGGAUUCCUGAGGAGGACAUAGUGGGCCGGACCUACUGCCGCAUGCCGGCGACCUGA